CUCGAUUUUGCCGUCGACGGACGAUUAGACCGACACGUGCCGUACAUCGUGGAUACGUACUUCACGCUUGCCGGAAGAAAACUCUCGCGUAUGGCAUGAUCGAUUUACGCGUGGACCCGAGUUAAUUUUUACGAGUGCCACGUGUGUGAUGUGACACCGAACACGGCUACGAAUAAAUUCUGAACGAUAUAUACGCUUCGUGCGUACGUACGUAGGGUGGCGAAUGCCAGGAUAUCCACGAGUUCGACCAUGAAACGGUUCACGGUACUCGCUUGCUUGUUGUCGAUCAUUCUCGGACUCGAUGCUCUCCCCAAAGGCUCGACUAUUUACGAAGAUAUGUCGUUCUGGCUAAAGUCCGGCCAGGAGAACCUCCGGAGGAACCUGGCUUAUCGGAACAAUGAAAAUCGUGCGAAGAAUAUUAUCAUUUUCAUCGGCGACGGAAUGGGAAUAUCGACGGUCACGGCCGGUCGCAUAUACAAAGGCCAAAUCAAAGGCAACGCCGGGGAAGAAUACAAAUUGGCUUUCGAAAAGUUUCCUAACGCCGCACUCGCCAAAACUUACAAUACGGACAAGCAAGUACCCGAUUCGGCUGGCACGGCCACUGCUAUAUUUUCCGGCGUCAAGUGCCGCUACAAGGUUCUGGGAUUGGAUACGAGAGCUUCGUUCAAUCACUGCGACAAAAACAUUAAUCAUUUGAGCAAAGUGUCGACGAUCGCGGAUUGGGCGCAACAAAGCGGGAUGGACACCGGAUUCGUAACGACGACUCGAGUAACGCACGCCACACCGGGCGGACUGUACGCUCAUACGAACAAUCGUGAUUGGGAAUGCGACACCGCGAUACCGGGACAGUACAAAGACUGCGUGAAAGACAUAGCGAGGCAAUUAAUCGAGGAUGCGCCAGGGAAUAAGUUUAAAGUAAUGAUGGGUGGCGGAGCUCAGCAUUUGGGUCUGCCCAUGGAAGAGCCGAUAGACGACGACACGUGCGUUAGAGGAGACGGCCAAGAUUUAACCAAAGUCUGGGCUAAGAAUAAUCCCGAUGGCCGAAUAGUUACCGAUGUUGACCAACUGUUCUCCAUCGAUAUUGCUAAUACCUCGAAAAUUUUCGGAGUUUUCGCGCAGAGCCACAUGCCUUAUCACACCGUAAAACCGGAGAACGUACCGAGUUUGGCUAACAUGACCACGCAAGCACUCAGAUUGCUCAAGAAGAACGACAAAGGUUUCUUGUUAAUGGUGGAAAGCGGAAGGAUCGACAUGGCUCAUCAUCACAACUGGGCACAGUUAGCGUUACGAGAGUUGUCCGAACUCGAGGAAGCGAUACUGGUCGCCUUGGAACAAGUGAACUUGGACGAAACGCUAAUCAUCGUGACUGCCGAUCACUCGCAUUCGUUUACCAUGAACGGUUACCCGACCCGAGGAAACGAUAUUCUUGGUUUCGCGAAUAAACCUUCGGAUCCACCGUACGAAACGCUGACUUACGCGAACGGUCCAGGUUUCUAUCAUCACAGGAGGAACGACAGUACUAAUGUCAAUGAAACGUGGAUACCCGUCGACAAAGAUCCGACACGCAACGACCCGUAUUAUGUUCAUCUGGCUAGUCUCUAUUUGGAAGACGAGACGCACGGAGGCGAGGACGUCGGAGUCUAUUCGAUAGGCCCGUACUCUCACCUGAUUCGCGGUACCUUCGAACAGAAUUACAUCGCGCACGUCGUAGCGUACGCUGCGUGCUUUAAAAACUGGCCCUCACACUGCGACAGUGCAUACGGUCGUUACUAUUACGAAUUGUCUAACUCGGUAAACCAGCCGACUGGUUCGUACCUUCUAUCUAUUUUCGUACUCUUCGCCUGUUUCAUCCUCUCUAAGUAUAAUUGAUUCUUGUGUCGUUAGCCGUUUCACUCAUUCGUUAGACCGCAGAUUUCUGUGCGAAAUGAAACUGUAAAUAUUGAAACAGUCGAUUUUCUUGUAAAUGCAUAGAAUCUGCAGUGUCGUCCUCCAUUAAACGUCAGGUACCUCGUUAUUAUUAUUGCCAUUCGUCGUACCCCGUUAAAAGACAGGCGUACCCUACGCCUGGCAGAUUGAACAAAUCCUCGUCGGUUUGUAAAGAAUAUUCACAGUAUUGUAAAUAGUCUUCACUUAUCACUUGAACCCACGUUAUCUUCGAACUAUUCCGUAAUUAUAUAUAUAUGUAUGUAUAAACUAUAGCGUGUAUAGAACAAAGACUAUGAUUAAUGCAGUUUCAUCUGUGAUACGUCGACUAGUUCGUAAUAACCGAAACUCGUGAUCGAAACAAAGUGUUCUCCUCGCAAAUGAACACUGCACAGGUACAAAAAUAAAUAUUCGCUCUCGUUCGAGCGAGUAGAAGCUUUAUUCAAAAUGAAAACUGCUCGAUGCAUCUGUACACUGUAAACGUACCUCUACUAUUUGUGUAUAACAACCUACAUAAUGCAAAAAUAAAAAGAACAUCACAAUGA